AUGUGCUUCUCGUUUUUUGGUAACUUCGAAUCAAGCUCCUUAGCACGAACGCAUAAAACCCUGCCUGCUACGCCUGCUCGCCCUUCCAGUCGCUUCAAGGCCGGCUGUGCAGAACUUGACUUUGGUGGGAAUGCGCAGUUCGCUCGAGUUUGGACUUAUUCCGCCAUCUACGGCCUGACGCUGACACUGGGCAUUACCAUUCCAUUCCGAUGGUGCGCCGGCAGAAAGCGCGCUUUCAAGGUGGCGGAUUCGCCUGCAGCCCGGGAGAAUGGCGACAGCCCGGCCAAGAAGACUGCGACCAUGAAGUCAGUCGAGAUGGAGCUCAUCGAUCCCACUCCGAACAUCGAGGACGCCAAAGCCCACUUGGUGAGGACGAGCGCCACAGUAGAAAACAAGUGGUUGAGCCCGCUGUGCACACCGACGUACCGGCUCAGCGAAAUUGGUGGAACCGGCACCGAGCUGUAUUUCCGCACGUUGAGGAAUCUGGGUUUCAUCUUCGCCUACAUGGCAGCCGCGACAGGUCCUUUGGUCGCCUUCUGCCUGCUGGGCAACUUUGGACCAGACACGGGCCAGUUCCUGCUGAAGACGACCAUCGGCAACCUGGGCGAGUUUGUGGAGGCGGACAUCAUCGAUCCCUGGAGUCGAGUUGUGCGGCUGGGCUGUGAAGGCACCGAAAUUCACAACCUGACGGGUAUCUUCGGCUGGCUGGACUUCGUUGCCGUGGCGAUUUUCUUGAUCUACUGCAUCUGGGCUCGUUUCAUCCAGAUACCGAGUACGGCGGCAACGGACGAGCUGGAGCAAGUUACGCCUCGCGAUUAUUCUGUGAUGAUCGAUGGCCUGCCUUACAAGAUCGAGGACCAAAAGAACUACGAGAAGCUGCUGGAGGAGCACCUCGUCAGCCGAAUCAAGCAUGCGCGAAGCCGUCGGCCGGUCGGCCACGAGCUGCCGGAACCGCAGGUUUGUGAGCUUACACUUGUCCGCGACUACAAUGGCAGGCUGCAUGAGCUGAAAGAUCGAGCAGAGCUGGUGCUUCGCACUGAGAUCGCAGAGAAGUACAGCGAGAAGUCGGGGAAACCCGGGCGCCUGGACAAACUCAAGGGCCGAUUGGAGAAGCUGAACUUCAAGCUGGGAACGAAGCUGGAAGCCGAAGAGGAGCUGCCGGUCGUGCGGGCAUAUGCCAUCCUCCAGUGCACUGAGGACGUCGCCAACUUGCUCUUCGACUACCGUUUUGCAAACUACAAGCUCUUCAAGUGCUGCCAGUUCAAUGCUAGGCGCUUUCAAGGUGCCGGCCUCAGUUAUGGGCUUGGAUCUCUGGUUUGGUUGCCUCUCCCUGGAAGCCAAGGCAGUAAGUCACAUAAGUGA